GGGUAUUAAAGAGAUAUAUGUAUAUACUAUAAAUAUUGUCGAGAAGAGUGUUUCAAGCAACAAUGGCACUUGUUUUAAAGAUAAGAAACUCUCAAUACCAUGGUUUGAAUAAUGCAAGUGAAUCCUUUGAACAUGCCAUACAACGUGUUAUUGAUGACAACCUUGAGUUGGGAUGUGCAUCAACUGAGAAGCUACUGUUAUGGGUGUUUUAUGAAUGUCCAAAAGCACUGAAGAUGAGUGAUGCAAGAGUAAUAUUAUUGUCUGCUCUUCACAAUGUCAUUCAGAUUUUAUCCAAUUGCUACAAUCCACCUGAGUCGCUUGUUGACCGGUUUAACUGGCUUAUGAAAGGGUUUAAUGAUUGGGAUAAUUCCAGUUACCUCCAAGGUUUUGGAACCAUGCGUAGGCAGUCUAGCAUAUUAACCACCUAA